CCCUCUUCGAUCUCCCGACUGCGCGACCCGCGUGCGGUUAUCCAUUGUGCUUUGCCGGCGCUGCUCCAUUAUUUAAUGGACGUGGAGGAGAGAGCAACCGUCUGCGUUGCAAUGUUCUGUGAUCAUCAUUCUGACUGACUGCUGACCGAUCAUGGCCCACUCCACACUCUUGUCGUGCCUGCUAACCCCUUACGCCGUCCCUGUGCUGCUGGCCGCAUACUUCGUGCUACCCUAUCUCUCGCAGGCGCACCUGUUCGCCAUCCCCUCGCCCUUCCCUGCGGCCUUCACCAAUCUGUGGCUGUUCUACCAGUGCCGCCGCGGGCGCCGCUUUACCGCCGUGCACCACGCCCACCAGAAGUACGGCAAGCUCGUGCGUAUCCAGCCAAACCAUGUCAGUGUCGCCGACGAUGCCGCCAUCCAGGUCAUUUAUGGCCAUGGCAAUGGGUUCUUGAAAACUGAAUACUACGAUGCCUUCGUCUCCAUCCGCCGUGGCCUGUUCAACACUCGAGACCGCAACGAGCACACCCGCAAACGCAAGACCGUCUCGCACACCUUCAGCGCCAAGUCGAUCGGCCAAUUCGAGCAGUACAUCCACUCCAAUAUCGAGCUCUUCGUGAAGCAACUCAACACCAUCUGCCAGAACCAGACGGACCCGCGGACCGGCUAUGCAUCGAUCGACGCCUUGAACUGGUUCAAUUAUCUCGCGUUUGACAUCAUCGGUGACCUGGCCUUCGGUGCUCCGUUUGGCAUGCUGGCCAAGGGAAAGGACUUUGCAGAGGUGCGCAAGACCCCGGACUCCCCACCUACGUAUGCGCCGGCCAUCGAGGUGCUCAAUCGUCGAGGCGAGGUGUCGGCGACACUGGGCUGCUUGCCGUGGUUGAAGCCAUAUGCAUCGUAUCUCCCAGACUCCUUCUUCAGUAAAGGUCUCGAGGCUGUUAGCAAUCUGGCAGGUAUUGCCAUUGCACGCGUCAAUGAGCGUCUAAAGCCUGAAGCUCUGGAGAACAACACUCGUGUGGACUUGCUUGCUCGAUUGAUGGAGGGUAAAGACGAGACAGGCGCAACCAUGGGCCGCGAAGAGCUCACUGCGGAAGCACUCACCCAGCUCAUUGCCGGCAGCGACACCACUUCGAACACCUCCUGCGCCAUGCUGUACUGGGUGCUUCGGACCCCGGGUGUCGUGCAGAAGCUACAGAAGGCUAUUGAUGAUGCUGUACCGGCUGGGAUAGAUGUGCCGACGCACGCCAUGCUCAAGGACAUUCCUUACAUCCAAUACGUUCUCCAGGAAACAAUGCGCAUCCACAGCACCUCCUCUCUUGGUCUGCCCCGUCAAAUCCCAUUCAGCGGCUCCCCGAUCGAGAUCUGCGGACACACCUUCAAACCCGGCGACAUCAUCUCCGUACCGGCCUACACAAUCCACCACUCCGCGGAAAUCUGGGGACCGGACGUCGAAGCCUUUGUCCCCGAGCGUUGGGCUCCCGAACGGUUAACCACCCGUCAAAAGGCCGCUUUCAUCCCGUUUUCCACCGGUCCUAGGUCAUGUGUGGGUAGGAAUGUGGCAGAGAUGGAGUUAACCAAUAUCGUGGGCACGGUGUUCCGGAACUUUGAGUUUGUGAUUGAACAAAAGCAUGCGAUGGAGACGCGUGAGGGGUUCUUGAGGAAGCCAUUGGGGUUGAAUGUCGGCGUGAAGCGGAGACAGCAUGCAUAAUUUCACCUUUUUAUCCCCUCUCUUAUUUAGUCGGAGUUCGAGUAUACUUCGUCAAAAUUGAGAUUGGCGGUGUUUUGUUCAAAUAUGAUUAUUACGGCCUGUACAUAGUUUUUAUGUUCUGUAAUGAUUAUGACGCGACUCAAAAGUGUAGCCAGCUGGUGGUUAAUCCGACCAGCUUAUUUCAACCUCAUCCACGUCCAGCUAAUAGACCUAAUCUAUUGAAUAAUAAUUCGUAAUACCCAGGAACUAUCCAUGAAAAAGUAUCAAUAACCUACUUCGACGAACCAGUUGGACCUUGAGUUGCAAAAAAUGUGGACAUCCAUCUACGCCAGAGAAAACGCGCGAAAUUUCUCUAGACUCUCGUUGUUCAAGAUAACAUGGAAAUAAAUUUGUUAUAUGCCUUAUUUAUCUGCCCAGCGCGAGGUUGGAGAGUAAUCCUCGGUGGUAUUCGGAUUGAAUACGUCGCUGGGAAACCAUAUGGCAAGAUUUUGAU